AUGUCCCGUCUCCUCUCACUCGUUCUCCUCAUCGCCACCGUUUUUGUCGUCUGUCAAGCGAUCCUUCCGAACUCCCCCUCUUCUGAUGAAGCUCCCCAACCCAACAAUCUUCUCGUUUGUGAAGGCAACUGCACGGUUGCGAGUUGCAAUGCGUGCUGUUCGGGAUUUGGCAGCGUCGGAUUGUACUCGGAGGUGUAUAUCAGCGGAUUUUUGGUUUACUGGGGUGAUUCGGUGAAGCUAAAUUACGGCAAUUGUCUCGAGGAUAGCCCUUAUGGGGCUACAUGCGAAAAUAUACGCAACAAGUCGCUAAAAUUUUUCAUGAAAUUCGUAUCGACAAUGCUCACAGCACACCGGUACAUGUCAUUUAUCAAAAUGUUGAAUGCUGUAAUGUCAAAUCAUAACGAGCAAAACCACACUCCAAAGGAAUAUGCCGAGCAAGCACGC